UUUCUUGUGCUUAAGAAGUUUCCUCUUUGCCGGUUUACUGACAGGGACUGUUUCUUUAAGUACGUUGAAUACACACUCAAAAAUAGUUCUUACUAAAGCGUCGUCGGCUGCUUUCAAAAUUGCUUUACGUUGAGCUGGGGUACACUUGACGAGGAGCUUAAGAAAAUCGUGGUUCUUUCUUAGUCGCUGGGCCAUACUCAACUGAUAUCAAUCACUACGAUGGAGCUUUUUUAUACCUUUCUGACAUAGGCGAGCUGAGUCUCCCCAGGGAAAAUGCUUGUGCGCAACCGGAAGUCAGUAGGCGUUUCCGGUUUGAGGUCGCAUAACAGGUAGCCAUAAGGGCGUUUUGUUGCAUCCUGAAACGCUUCUUGCAUGUAUUUGACAUGACCGGGAAACAUCUGUUUCGCCAAGUGACUGACUUGACUGCUAUCCCGCGGAGACUUGAACAUUACCAAAUAAUGGCAAUUCAAACUCAUGUCUCUCAGUUCUUUUCCCCGGUGAAAAAUAUUUUGAAGAAUGAAAAUAACGCUUAAAUUUCGGUGAUGACAGCCCUUAGUAAACAAAUUGGUAAUUCUUUGAUCAUUGCUAAGCUCCUGCAUUAAAUCGUCAAUGACAACUAAAUUCCGAAUGGUUGGGUUUAUCAUGGAUUCUAAAUCACCAGGAACUCCUUCGACGAACGUGAUGUAGGGAAUAGUCCUUAGCAUCUCAUCGUAAGCCGGUUGGUACAUCCCAUAACACCAAAUGAUAUUUUCAGGAGCUCCGUCUAUUAAUUCUUCUCCAGAUUCCAACAGGUGUUUGACAAACUGACUUUUUCCACAACAAGUGGGGCCAGCUACAAUAACAGGAAAAGGAUGUUUCCACCUUGGGUCCAUGUUGACAACUGACUGGUUCAACUGCGUUUGCUCUUAUUUAUAGAGAAAUAAAUGGUCCUUGGUGGAGUAUCUUUAUCAUAUACACGAACCAUGGUGGUAUUUUGUAAUUUAGCAAACUGGAGCCAAUAUUUUCUCUCUAAGUCAGACAGCUCGUGUACCUGAGCCAAAUGGUUUGCUAAUCGAACCAAAAAUUUUGACCCACAGCCGGGAACAGGACAAUGCUUGCAUUUUAGUUUUUUCAUGUUAACGGUACGAAAACAGACUUUAAACUGAACAAAUCUAUUUGCGACACGAAUUUAUCGUUUAUUUUCGAGGGCACAACGGGCACCAAGGGCAUAAAGGGCAGAAAUUGAGUGGUUUUUUUUUCUCAGGCACACGCGAGAAGGUCGCGUGGGGAAGUUGUGCGUGGGAACGCACUGGCGCCUUAAGUCAGAGAAUUACAAGAAACGCGUUUUUUAUAAAGUGUUUUAUUUAUGAAUCACACACGUUACAAUUUUUGAAACACAAUUUUAUAUAUCUAGAGGCAUAGUGGUAACUCUAUCCUCCAACACUUUUCUUUUGGGGUAAAAGUAGGAAAACCCAUCUCGAACUUGUUCAUAAGUAUACAUGCUAUUGUUGACUACACGGAAACCUUUAUUUAGUCCUGAACUGCUUUGUUUGGUCAACAGAACAUUAAGAUAUUUUUCUUUGUUAAUGUCGUUUGUUUUCUUGUUAACCCCUUUACAACUGAACUUAUCAUAGGCCCCAAAGCAAUAGUAGGUCUUGCUACUUAGACCAAUUAUUCCUGCCCCUGACCACUCUUCCUUAAAUAAACCUGGUGUUCUUUUGUCAUAAGCUUUGUGUUCUGGAGUGUCGGUUCGUGGAAACCAAUUGGCCUUGUCUGCUUCAAAUUCCUCUCUUAACUCUGAUUUUACUAAACUAUCAACUGAUGGACCCGCGAUCGCGAUAUAGGCAGAGUCUGUAUCCACUACGAUCAAGAUAUUUAUCCAUGAAAUCAAAAUAGAACUGAAGCAUUCUGAGUUUAGCAUAUUGGUAAACAAAAAAACCGAUUUGCAUGGGUAGAUUCAACUUGACCGUUUUCUUGCAAGACUGGACUUCAUAAGUGUUCUCUUCGAUCCGGUCAAUCUGUCUGAAGAAGGGUGUGUUGAUAAGCCGUGAGGCCUUUGUUUCUUCGCAGAACUUAACCUCUCUGUGGCGUUCUUGGUCCGUGAUCGUCUUCCCGUAACUGGAAUUCCCGACCUAAUAAAUAAUGUAUCAGAACAUUAACAAGGUUUGCAUAAGGAAAAUAAGUGGCAAAAUGCUUGUACAAAUGAAAUCAUACUUACUAAUUUCAUUGUAUCUGCGAUAAUAGCCUUGUUCGGGUCCACAUCCCAGCACGCCUGGCGUCGGAGACAGCUUCUCCAAAGGGCUGGAAACAAGGAACGGGUGUGUACUCGACCACUUGGUAAAUCCUGGUGACUUCUAACCCGUGCUCCAAGUACCAUUUAAUGAGCGGUGUGGCUAACAAGAUCUUUUCUCCAAAAUAGCUACCUAUUAGACUUCUACGAGGUUGAGGCAUGAUAUGUUGCUCCUCGGCAAAGGUUUGCAUGUAUUCACCAAUAUCUUCUUUAGAAAUCUGCGUAUUUUUUAAGAUUGGACACAUUUCGGAGAACUUGGGUUUCAGAUGGUCAGGUACUGUGAUGUCACACUCGACAACACCAAAGAGAGACUCGUCUCUGAUAGCUUUUAUGAUCUGAUUUUGAUCCAGGGUCUGGUGGUGGUCAAGGGGUCGGUGAAACUUUCUGUUCAUGAAAUAUUGUACUGCAGAGUUAGUUUUUUCAUUCGGCGCCACUGGCACUCCCACAUCUCCACGAGAUUGUAGCCUUGAUCUCUGAUAUACUUUGAAUUUGCUGUAGUUUCUUCCCUGAGCUCAGCCAUUGGUUUCUUUCUUUUUUCAUUAAUUUCUUUUCCUUUAGUGAGGUAGCAGUUAUGCCCAUGCCACCAGCAGCCAUGGAACUGAAAGACUGUUUGCGAAGGACCGUGAAAACCAUCCACUGGUAGCCUUCUUUCACCUAUGCGUUUUUCUGUAUUGUUCAUUUGGUGGCGUAUAAAAAUUCCUCCUUCAUGUGCCUUCCACUCUAACCACUCAGUGGCCAUCUUGGUGGAGCUUUCUUUUUUGAAGUUGGUUUCUUCGCGUCGUCUCGUAAAAGAUCCGGUAGGCAUGUUUUGCAUGAUGGCCCAGAGAUAGAGCGCGUUGGCGUCAUAUCCUACUAUUUUCUGGCACAUUUUUGGUUCUUUGCCUUGAUCUGUUAUCUCUCUCUCUCUGAUCUUGGUCUUGUCUUCUUCAUGAUAUCGGUGGAAGAUGAUGCUGGGGCCUCCUACCAGAUUUUUCUUGAACAAGGUGUAUAAAUCUUUAUUUUUUUCGUCAAACAGAGAGAAGAAGAUGCCAGAUUCCAGGGUGGUAAAGAGGUACGUCAAGGUAACACCGGGAAUAGAAAUACCUUGUCUUAACAUGUCGAUCUUUUUAUCUUUCCAGAACGCGCACAUUUUUUCCAGGGCCCCACAAAAGGGUUGGACAUCUAGGUUGUUGUACCAGAUGAGAAAAUCUUUAAAUGUCUGCAUGUUGUUGUCAGACCACACUUGUUGGCAGUACUGGUAGUCUUCUUCAGAAAUGUUUUCGUUUUUCAGUGUAGAGAAGAAGGCUUCGUGAGGAGGAAGAGAAGGGUGGUCUAACUUGUCAAGAGAAUCCAGCCAUUCGUAUGGGAAGAACCCCUUGGUUUGAGGACACUCGUAGGCCUUCAGAAAUUUGUCGUAGCUGAAACCGGGUGCAAGAAAGUUGGUGACGUCGAGGAAGCGAAGAUGUGGGGUCUUUAAGCACAUGAAAUUGUGGUUACGCUUGAUAGUAAACUGAACGUCUUCAUUCUGGACCAGGACAGGAAACAGAAAUUCUUUGACGGCAGUCAAGUCAUAUUUACCAGAAUUGAAGCCUAGGACAGGAAGUUCUUGUAGAUAUUCUUGGAAACGAUCUCUCAGUUUCUUUAAAGGGUGCACUUUUUUCUUAGGUUCUGGGCUGUUGUCCUCUGGUCUGUCAUAUUCACACGUGAUCAUUCUCACUCUGAUCCUCGUGUUCGCGAUCAAAGGCCCUGUAAAACGAGGCACCUUGUUCUUCUACGUCAUCGUCAAUAAAGACACGAUCUUCUUCGGUUUCAGAAUCGAUUUCUUCUUCCUCUUCAUUAUCUGUGUCCAUGGGAUCUUCUCCUUCAUCAUCGCUAUCUUCCUGGGUGAGGUUUUCUACUGUGUUAGUUUUUGAAGGGUCACCAGCUUCUGAUUUUUGCUGUAGGUCUUGCAGCUUUUGUUCGAUGGCUACAAAAAGAAAGUUAAACUCUUGUCUUAACAGGUCAUAACUCUUUUCACUGAUUUUUACCAGGUGUUCUAACAUCUCUUUGACGAGCUGUUUAGAGUCCCCAUCUGACACAAAGCACUUGGGUUGGUCGUAGUCUGGAACGUUGGAGCAGACACUGACACUUAGAGGGAUAUGCUUGGCGUUCCAGGUGAGUUUUUCUGUAUCCCUGAGACUGGUGUGCGAGCUGAACGUGCAUUCGAAGUCAAAGGUGGCUCUGUAGGGAAAGUACUUUAAAUGCUGUGGAAUGGUGAAGCCUUCAUCUUCGAGCAGCUGAAAGAUGGUGGGUGCCGUCUUGUAUGCACCGCCAGGAAACAUGUAAUGGACUUUGGCCUCGCAGGUUCGCUCAUGACGAUUUAACAUACCAACAUGUUUUCAAUAUUUUCCACAUCGAGAGCAGCAGUAGGACUUGUCGUAUUUCUUCAAAUCUUUGAUAUAAGAAAAGUGGCGCUGGUAAAGGUUAAGGUAGAGGGUACUUGGAUAGUGGCAAAGAGAUCGAUGGAUCAGCUCAGCGGCAAUCUCUGGCUUGGUAUCAUCGGGUUCAUCGUCUUCAUUUUCUUCUCCAUCGGGUUUAGUGGGUUCGAGGGAAUAGACAAAAAUGCUGACUUCAUAUAGGUGUUCUAGGUCGAUCAGUUCUUUCAGCUUUACACCACAAAAUUUCUUUUUCUCAGGAAAAAAUUAUCGAUAUUUCUCAUAGUAAUGCUUGGCAUCCCGCUCCAGAUUCUUUUGGUGACAACCGUUAUGGAGAGCCAAGGCACGGAAGAAGCAAAGAUUGUCGCUGUAGACGUUUCCAUUAUUACGGUUGCGAUCUAAGGCUACUAAACCAUGGUUCUCGGCAAGGUAAGCAGGUAAAUCUGUACCACGACCAAUGGGGUGACCUCUGAUUUUUGUUAUAAAGAAAGUGAUAUUGGUCACCUGUUGUACCACCCAUUUAGAGUUGGGGCAACGUUGGCGUACCCAUUCUAGGACAUCGAGAUUCUGCAAUGCUUCACGGACAUGUGGAAGAUCGGCUGCGGUUGUGAUUUGGAAUGGCUCUUCAAAGACUUGAUCGUUGUUCCUAGAAGCGUAGUAAUAUUGCAGUGCACCGGUUUCGUUGUUUCUCAGAAUGAAACCAAAGGAGACAUUAAGUUUAAACACGGUGAACUGGUCGGUAAAGAUCUCGUUAAGGUGCUGUAUAACCUCUUGAGGUUGCGGGGAAGACAGACGAUAGUUAUACCAGUCCAGGAGCCGGUUUUGGCGGUUGAAUCGAGUGCGGAUUUGAUGCCAGUGGCAACGGUACUCGAGAACAGAACUUUGUUGGACUUCAGGUAAGUCAGUCACGGUUCUUGGAUCUUCCUGCCAGCUGGAACUUGAAGUUGCUUUUUUCUCGAUAGGAUUGGGUUUCAUUUUCUUGGGUUUUGGCUCUAAAUGGGAAAUAAAAAUUCCAAUGUCUAUUCCCAAAUCCAAACGAGGUAUCCAGAAACACAAAAGAGUUGUUUAUACAAUGUAUUGUUUAACAUCCUCAAAUUAGCAUACGACUAAUCCAAUUUUUUUCCACUUCAUUGCUUUUACCUAACAUUUCUGUAGGAUUCACUCUCUGAACAAAAGUUUUGUUCCAUCAUGUCUAAAAUAUGUUGUGCUAAGCCUCUGUACAAAGGCAAACCAAAGACUUGUUCGAACAUACUCUAGCCUCUAUUGUUUUAACGUCCCACGGCUAAACUUUGCAUACGACUAAUCCAAUUGUUCCACUCCACUGCCUUCACCUCAAAUUUGCAUACGAUGCAGCUUUCAAACAAAAGACAUGUUCAAACAUGCCAUAGCCUCUAUUGUGUUGCAAGAAGCAAGUAAAAAGUUACCUACGACUAAUCGUUGACACAAAAUAUAAUUUUAUCUUACUGAAAUACAACAGAAAAGUUCACUGUUUCCUACCUGUUUCCUCGUCCCUUGGACGUUUCUUACUUAAAGAGGGUUUACUAUGAGCUGUUUGCUGGUGCGCUCGGAAUGGAGCCAGAUUGUAAAAUGUCUCUCCACAGGUACUACACUUAUACUCCCGCUGAGCCGCUCGGCGUUCGUGAACUUGUUUCACGUGGCGCUGCAAGUGUGACAUUCGAUGAAAGCUCUUGUCGCACUUAUCACACUGAUGUUGUUUUUCGUUGGUAUGUGUUUUUUCGUGGCGUUUUAAUUUAUCUGGUCGAGUGAAAACUUUUCCACACGCUUCACAUGCAUGCCGAGCACUUUUGGCAGGAGGUAUGUCUACAUCAUCCUAAAACAUCAAAUGAAUCGUAUAUUAACUACCUUGACAAGCUAGAGAAAUAAAGUACUUACUAAAACACUUACCUGUGCUGCUCUUUUCCUACCCAUGCCGCUCUGAACUUGGUUGGAAGAAGGUUCCUGAAAAAGUGUAAUGGAAUAAUAAUUUCAACAACAGAAAUUGAUUUAGUACGACGGACAAUAGUUAUGCUAUAACAUUUCAAUAAGGACUCAUACCGUUUCAAAUUCUUUCUCCCAAUCGCUCCAUGGGUCCAUCACUUCGGGUGGAAUAAUGGAAUCCACCAAGGGAAUGUUGGAAGACUGAUCCUGGAAUGGAACUACAUGUUACUAAAAGAAUCUAGCCUUGAAUGACAUUCAAACGUUAAUAACUUACCUCUUCUGGAAAUGUUAAGGUCAUCAUUCGAUCCACCGCUUCAGAAAUCUGAUCGCUUGGUAUCUCGUUGUGCCAGAUGAAAUUUUCAAACUCUUCCAAAGUGGUGAACUGGUUGAAAGCCAUGACUACUCGCACUCAACUUACUCACAAUGUGUGAAUGAUGCGCUUGGCAGUGAGCAGGCUUUUAUGCCGUUCAAACAAUAAAAAUACGGCAACCAACCAGAAUGCUUCGUCAAACGAGACAGCCAAUGAGCGUCUUUCUAAUUCCGGUCAACCAAUCAAAACAACUAUGACAUCAUAGUACCCCGGAAUACAUAAACAUCAUCUUCCAAAAAUAACUAACCUGUCAAACCGAUUAUACCAGCCAUGACCGCCACAAGAUAAAAAAAGCACAUGACGUCAUUGAUAAACCCGUCAAACUGGAUAUACUUAAUGAGAUUCCACCGCAAGUUAAUGAGAUUCUUGCGCAUUUUAUUCAUGACAUCAAGACAAUAGCCUAUGACGUCAGCGACGUUAAUUUAUUUCCCCCCCCAACCUUAAUGAGAUUCCCCCCCAAAAAAACGGCCUAACCGGUGCACCCUAUACUACUCACUUUCAAGUCGUAGUCGUGCAACGACGGCAAAGAAAUGUACCAAAAAAGCGUGAUGCACGUGCAAAGCUCUUGUUUUGCUAAUCUAAACGUAUUGCUUUUUUGCUGUUUUCGUUGCCGUCGCGGUCGUCGUUGCUUAAAACCCAUUGACGGCCGAGCCUGCCAAAAAAACCGUACAAGACUACACUGCUUUCAAACAUUGCAACUUUCUCAAUCGCGCGAACAUUGCCUAAACUGUCAGUUGUAAGCAUUUUAAGGGUAGACAGUCCUUCAAAGUGGGAUAUCCAAUAAACGCGAAAAAGUCAGCGCUUUUUGCAAAAUAUUACCUUCUGAAUUGGGACAAGAACGAAAAUGAUCGUUUUUUACGUCAGAAUGACGUUUCCAGAAAACUCGAGCCUUCAGUGUUUCAGAACAGCACCACGUUCCAUGGUAACUGCAAAUACGGAGUCACGAAAUCCUAUGGCUUGUUUGUAUGUAGAAAAUCACUCGAAAACGUAAAAAGUCCUGGUAGUCAAUGGGUCAAGCUCCCUUAUGUCUCGCCAUUGUGACAGCGCUAAAAAGAAUGAAGACAAAUGAUCUUUUGUUUAGGAUUUGAUGGGUUUGUGAGACUAACUCGGACACUGGGCACUGGACACUUGGGUCCCGCAUUAAAGGGGCUGUGUUACGGUGUCUAGUUCAUUUUGUUAAUCAUGUCAAUAAAGAGAAGUCGUUAUGUCACCUUGCUAUGGUUGCAAAAUUUCUGGAUCUCAACAACUGUGGCCCAGCAGUGGUAGAAAAAAAGAAGAAAAUUGAUACUUGUGACUUUCCUGUACGUGAUUGCACUCAGUAACAAAUUGUAGCCCAUACUUUUUCUACCAUCGUUCGACAACGCAAAUAGCCGUCUCUGUCAAGAAAGAUUGCUGAGUUCCAGACAAUCGGCGACAAAAUGAGUUGAGAUACUUCGCCCAAAAUUAGGCUUUUUUACGUUUUAUGAACUUGAAAAGGAGGAAAUAUAGCUUUCCUCCCCCAUCCCCUCCGUACAAUGUUGUGCCCUUGUUCUAGCUACCUAUAGAAAACAACAAACACCCCAACUUUGAAUGGAGGGGACAGGGGAGGGUGCGGAUUCGUUUGUUCUCUGAAGUCACCCUAUUUAAGUACAAUGUCUCAACAAUUUUGUUGCCGAUUGUCUGAAUCUCAAAAGUGGCCAUACGUCCUUUAGAAAGUUAAUUGAAUUCCUUUUUUUAUGCUGGGAUGUAAGACCCCUGGUGGCUUUUUAUUUGGUAUGUUUGACUCCAUCAUACCUAUUUGAGAACAAUUAGAAUAAGGCGAUUUCGUUAUUUUCAGUGCGUGACAUUUCGUGUCACGCUUAACUGUGCCUUGACAUCGUUCGAUGUAGCGCGUCGGGCACGAUUUCUUAUUCUCUCCUUUAUCGAAACAAAGAACAAAGUGAAAAGGAUAGAAAACUUAAUAGAUUUCUAAGCAUUAAAGUAGUUAUAAUGGCUAAAAUUGCUCUUUAGGAGGAAUUUCCACGAGUAACCACGAGUAACCACUAUGAGUAAAAAAGAAUUUUAAUCCAAUUAUCUUUUAAGAACAAAGUUGGUUACUCGUGGUUACUCGUGGCCAGUCUCCUCCUGGCCUCAUAGUUUCUACUGUAAAGUACAUUCUUCAAAGACCCUCAUGGGUAUAUGGGCAACGAAUUUGCUGCACAGAUUUAGCGAUGCUGUGCAGCUUUGCUGUGCAUUAGAAGUUGGAACAUUUUUCCUGAAAAUUCUCCUGCGCAGAGCAAUCAUGGCUAUUUUAUUGUCCAUCCCACCCUUAUCAAAAAGCCAAACUUCGAAUAAAUACUUCGAACUUACUAGGGAUAUAUUCAAAUACAAUAUAUUAUCUGCCAUCGAUUCCUACCAAUCACACUUAGUUACCAGAGGAAAAUCAAUCAUUCGGUACGUGGGUAUGCUGCGUAAUUACUUGAAAUCACUGCCGAGUACAAAGAUUGUCAAAACUAAUUUUCCCUCGAAAAACACAGGAAAGGGAUUAUAUGGGUAUCUUAUCUAUCUUGUGAAAAACGACCCAGUGAAUAUAGUAAUCUCAACUAGUUACCGUCUCCUAACCGGUGCUAAUAGGACAACAGCGCGUAGAUUUCGAUUCAGACAAUCGGCGACAAAAUGAGUUGAGACACUUCGCCCAAAAUUAGGCUUUUUUACGUUUUAUGAACUUGAAAAGGAGGAAAUAUAGCUUUCCUCCCCCAUCCCCUCCGUACAAUGUUGUGCCCUUGUUCUAGCUACCUAUAGAAAACAACAAACACCCCAACUUUGAAUGGAGGGGACAGGGGAGGGUGCGGAUUCUCAACAAUUUUGUCGCCGAUCUGUCAAGAAAGAUUGCUGAGUUCCAGAGAUUUUGCCACGAUAGUAACGUGACGUCAUACUAUGGCGCGCUGUUUGGUUCAAAAUUAUUUUUGUCAGUUGUAUCAUGUAACUGUAUUCUCUGUUUAUCUCUCAGACCUUAUUUGGCAUCUUUUGUAGUUGCUUUUCUAUGUGUCUCCUCUCAAUAUUAUAAUUUGGUGUUCAGAGAAAGACUAUAAGUUAAACUUUAACUCUGUAGGUUGGUACAUUACUCGGUCAGUUUUAAUCACAUUCCUGUCAGUUGUAGGCACUAUACUGUCAGUUGUUUACUCGGUCAGUUCUAAAUUACUCAGUCGGUUGUACGCACUACGCUGUCAGUUGCACUCAUUACUCUGUCGGUUGUACGCACUACUCUGUCGGUUGUAUGUACUAUUCUGUCAGUUGUACGCAUUACUCUGUCGGUUGUACCCAUUACUCUGUCGGUUGUACGCAUUACUCUGUCGGUUGUACCCUGUCAGUUGUAAACAUUUGCUCUGUCAGUUGUACCCAUUACUCUGUCGGUUGUACAUACUACUCUUUCAGUUGUACGCAUUACUCUGUCUGUUGUACGCAUUACUCUGUCGGUAGUACGUACUAUUCUGUCAGUUGUACGCAUUACUUUGUCAGUUGUAAAUAUUUACUCUGUCUGUUGUACACCUUACUCUGUCGGUUGUAAACAUUUACUAAGUCAUUUGUACGUACUACUCUGUCAGCUGUAAACAUUUACUCUGUUGGUUGUACGCACUACUCAGUCUGUUGUAAACAAAUACUCUGUCAGUUGUGUACAAUACUCCGUCAGUUAUAAUCAUAUACUCUGUCGGUUGUGUACAUUACUCUGUCAGUUGUAAAUAUAUACUCUGUCAGUUGUGUACAUUACUGUCUUAGUCAUUUGUAAAUAGAUACUCUGUCCUUUGUACACAGUACUCAGUCAGUUGUAUUCUACCAGAUAAAUUAAAUUUGCUUUUUCAAACAGAAGCCUAUUUUAAAAUAAUAAAGUGGUUCAACGUUAUUGGUCUUAUUUCGCAAGGAAGGUUUCAGAAAAAAAUUGUAACAUCUUUCAGGAUCCUUUCACCACAAGUUCAGAGGGAUGGAUUAUUAGAAUAGUGAUGAGAGAUGGGGAAAAGAGCAAAGCAAAAAAGAGAGAGAGAGAGAGAGAGAUUUUUACCAUGGUAGUUGUGAAAAAAAAACAAACAAACAAACGAAUUCUUGCGUAUUCCAAAAAUCCCCUCUCCCCCGAUCACGUUUCUAAUGUCCCGCAACAUUUAAGAACUGAAGAAGGUGCUGGCCCCGGCGGGGUGGAGGAGGUUACUCAUCAAAUGCUUAUACAGGGAGGUCCAACCCCUUACCCUUUUAUACACCAUUUUUUUACGAAAAAGGUACCCCUUUCGUAUACCUUCUAUUGACAAAUAGUACUCCUGUUUAGAACUUUGCAUCCCUUUUAACUGCUGCCAGAAAUGCAUUGUCUUUUAAAUAGGAAUACAGACCCAAAUGACAGAUUUUCCUAUCUUUUUAUAUACUUCAACUUGUGAAAUCCCUAUCCUUUCAUAUACCUGAAGCCUGAAAAAGGUACCCCUUUUGGGCGGAGCCUCCCCGUAUAGGCCAUCAAACGACUACCUCCUUAAAACGGCGUAAAAAUGACAGUGUAAAUGUUUACAACUGACAGGGUACAUCCGACAGAGUAAUGCGUACAACUGAGAGAGUAACGUGUGCAACGGACGAAGUAAUGCGUACAACUGACAGAGUAAUGAGUACAACCGACAGAGCAGUACGUACAACUGUCAGAGUAGUGCGUAAAAGUAGUGCGUAAAAUUGACCGAGUAAAUGUUGACAACUGACAGGGUACAACCGACAGAGUAGUGCGUACAACAGACAGAGUGAUGCGUAUAACUGACAGAGUUGUGUGCUUAACAGACAGAGUAAUGCGUACAACAGACAGAGUAGUGCGCGCAACAGACAGAGUAAUGUGUACAACUGACAAAUUAGUACGUACAACUGACAGAGUAGUGCGUAAAAGUAGUGCGUAAAUUGACCGAGUAAAUGUUUACAGCUGACAGGGUACAACCGACAGAGUAGUGCGUACAACAGACAGAGUGAUGCGUAUAACUGACAGAGUAGUGUGCAUAACAGACAGAGUAAUGCGUACAACAGACAGAGUAAUGCGUACAACAGACAGAGUAGUGCGCGCAACAGACAGAGUAAUGCGUGCAACUGACAGAGAGGUACGUACAACCGACAGAGUAAUGGGUACAACUGAGAGAGUAACGCGUGCAACUGACGAAGUAAUGCAUACAAAUGACAGAGUAGUGCGCACAACAGACAGAGUAAUGCAUACAACUGACAGACUAGUGCGCACAACAGACAGAGUAAUGCAUACAACUGACAGAGUAGUGCGUACAACCGACAGAGUAAUGCAUACAACUGACAGAGUAGUGCGUACAACAGACACACAGAGUAAUGCAUACAACUGACAGAGUAGUGCGUACAACCGACAGAGGAAUUCAUACAACUGACAGACUAGUGCGCACAACAGACAGAGUAAUGCAUACAACUGACAGAGUAGUGCGUACAACCGACAGAGUAAUGCAUACAACUGACAGACUAGUGCGCACAACAGACAGAGUAAUGCAUACAACUGACAGAGUAGUGCGUACAACCGACAGAGUAAUGCAUACAACUGACAGAGUAGUGCGUACAACAGACAGAGUAAUGCAUACAACUGACAGAGUAGCUAGUGCGCACAACAGACAGAGUAAUGCAUACAACUGACAGACUAGUGCGCACAACAGACAGAGUAAUGCAUACAACUGACAGAGUAGUGCGUACAACCGACAGAGUAAUGCAUACAACUGACAGAGUAGUGCGUACAACAGACAGAGUAAUGCAUACAACUGACAGAGUAGUGCGUACAACCGACAGAGUAAUGAGUGCAACUGACAGAAUAGUACGUACAACUGACAGAGUAAUGCGUAAAAGUAGUGUGUAAAAUUGACAGAGUAAAUGUUUACAACUGACAGGGUACCACCGACAGAAUAAUGUGUACAACUGAGAGUAGUGCGUACAACCAACAGAGUAAUGCAUACAACUGACAGAAUAGUGCGCACAACAGACAGAGUAAUGCGUCCGGGGGGUACUCCCUAAUAUGGGCUAUAUAGGUAUGUGCGGCCCCAAAGGGUAGGGUUUUUCAGCCGUUUUGGUCAUAAAUUGGGUAUCGAUUUUGGCUAUUUUGCCGCCAUUUUGGUCAUAAAUAGGGUAACGAUUUUUGCACUGUAGUCUUGAAUGCACUUUUUUAGAAGAAGCUACUUCCUUAUCAUGUCCCCCUAACCUAAUAAAAGCAGAUAAACAUUGCCUUUAACAUUGGUCUGAACUAGGGAAAUAAUUAUAAGGCAGGUCUGAAACAGGGUAUUGAUUUAAGGGUCAGGUCAUAAAUAGGGUAUCAAAUUUUUGGUUAGGUCAUAAAUAGGGUAGGGAAAAUCGCAGAUUUUGGUCAUAAAUAGGGUAAGGGUUUUGGGAAGCGGGCCGCACACUCCUACCCAAUUUUUCUGCGAGUACCCCGGGAAUGCGUACAACUGACAGAGUAAUGCGUACAACAGACAGAGUAAUGCGUACAACCGACAGAGUAAUGCGCAAAACUGACCGAGUAAUGUACCAACCUACAGAGUUAAAGUUCGACUUGCAGUCUUUCUCUGAACACCAAAUUAUAAUAUUGAGAGGAGACGCAUAGAAAAGCAACUACAAAAAAUGCCAAAUAAGGUCUGAGAGGUAAACGAAGGAUACAAUUGCAUGAUACAACUGACAAAAAUAGUUUUCACACUUCUUCUUUCUAUUGCGCGUCCUUAUUUGCUAACGACUAUGAAACUUGAGAAAUAACUCGUGAAGUGACAAAGUCACAGCUUCGUGUCAAACAAAUCUGAAAAAAAAAAAGUUUUAGGCUCACAAGUUUUAAAAUCCACAACUGCAAUCCGUGUAAUAUUCUUCUUUAAGUUUGUCAGUCCGUCAAUCCUGUUGUAUUUACCUUGUUAUUAAUACCUUCCUUUCAUGUUAUGAGCAGAUAUUUUUAAGUCUCACUCAGUUAGGUGGCCAGCUGUGUUACGAGAGAGUCAGCUGUAUUUCCCUUUCCAGCUUAAAAGUCCUGUGACGUAAGAACAGUUUCACGUUUUGCAGAUGUGUCGUGUAAGAAACAAAUUUUAAGUGGUGUGAAGAGAGUUUUUAAGGGGUCAUCUUUUACACCAAAAUUGUUGAAAUUUAUUUGAUUUUUUCCGUUCACCCAACAGAGGACAUGAAUAUACGGAGAGAGAUCACAAUUACUUAUGAAGAGCUUCUGGCCUUAGGUGAAGAGUAUGUGACAGACGUCGAGCCUCAUCAGCCUGUAAGUACGAAGGCUCCAAAUGACGUAAUACAAAUUAAAGAUUAAAAUGACACUAAGCAAUACCCACCUGCCACAAAACAAUACCUAACCAACAUGUAUCCUUGUAGGUCUUGUAUAAAGGAAAACGGUCCAAAAAGAAGAUGGAUUUAAGCAAAAAAAUGUAUGCAGAUGAAGUUGAGGUAUGGUUUAGCAACAGAUCUCCGGCUACGGAAAAUUGAUAUUCAUUUACAUUGUAGCCAUCUUCAAAAGUUAGUUUGUUUGGGAAACGUGACAAUGAAAAUUUUCUUCUCGGCAUCAGACGACCGAGGAACAAUUUUUACUCAAGUCACAUGCAGCCUAAGGGAAUAAAAACCCAGCAUCGUCAUUUCUUAUCGUUACCUUUUUUGUCUUCUAAGAAUCCGCGAGAGGGGAGAAAUUAGAAGAGAUUGUACCGUGGCACGAGAAAGGAUACCGUUGACUGUCGCUUGUAAGCCCUGGGGCCGGUUUCUAAAAAGUCUUCGGUAAUUUUUCGGGCCCGAAUUCAAAUAUCAGGGUUGCCAUUCAUUAAAAAGUUAAAAAUUCCCUGACUUUUCACUGACCUUUUAUUAAUGAGAAACAAUCGAUGUUCACAUUCGCUUUGCAAGUCAUCAAUAUUUUUCUUUUCAUUUUCAACCUCUUUCCGCUAUUCGCGGAAAGAGGAAGAAGGAAUUUGGAAGAAAGCAUUCAGAACGAAAUUACAAAACCACUCACCGGCACAACUACUACAUGUGUCAGGUAUAGAGUGUGAAAGUGAUCACCAUACUUGCUUUGCAGCAUACUUUUCAUCUUUUCCGAAAGAAAAUGCAUUUCAAAAUCUUGAGGAAAGCUUCUGAACUACAAACCGGAAAACAGAAUUCACUGACUUUUCACUGACUUUGACAAUAUCAAAGAUUUUCCGUGACUUUUCAAAACAUUCCCUGACUUUUCCGACCUUGAAAAAUGUUCGUUUUUCUCUGACUUUUAACUGACCGUGGCAACCCUGAAUAUUUAAAUCGAAAUAUAAAUGCAUUUAAAUGCAAUUUAAAGGAGUUAACAACUAAGAGCGCCUGGGUGCCUAGGUCAGUAUGAGGUGCCAUUACCGCCAAAAUUCAGUUAUCGUUACUUUCGUAAAUGGUGCCUUCGUUUUCAUAAAUGGUGCCUCUGUUUUUAUAAAUGGUACCUCUGUUUUUGUAAAUGGUGCCUCCAAUUUUGUUUAUGGUGCCUCUGUUUUCAUAAAUGGUGCCUCUGUUUUUGUAAAUGGUGCCUCCAAUUUUGUUUAUGGUGCCUUCGUUUUCAUAAAUGGUGCCUCUGUUUUUGUAAAUGGUGCCUCCAAUUUUGUUUAUGGUGCCUUCGUUUUCACAUAUGUUGCCUUGUUGACUUGUUAAUGGUGCCUCUUAUUUUGUGAAACUGGUGCCUUUAUCUUUGUAUAUGGUGCCUCUGUUGUUUUAAAAAAUACUGCCGCUGUUUUCGUAAAUGGUGCUUCAAAUAUUCAGCAGUCUGGGAACGACUCUCUAGUGACUUAACCAAGGAAAACUGGGGCUCGGUGUCAAAAUGGCGGACUCGUUAGCCUGUCUUCGCGGUCUUGUUACAGGAGAAAUUGCAAACAUUUGCAACAGUUUACAGAACCAUAGAAUACCAGUCUAUUUAAAAUGUUCAAAAAAUACCAAGGCAAGCAGCGUUUUUGCAUGUUUCCUUGAGGCUGUGUCAGAGUUUGGUCUACCAUCCCGGGUACGCUCUGAAAAUGUUGGAGUUUCCAUGUUCAUGCUUCAGUGACCACCAUGGAUGCGGUUGUUCUACAGUUGUUCUACAGCAGCAAGAGGUGACACUAAUAAAUGACUGGUUUUACAGGGUUUCCAAUUAUGUUUUUUAACACUCACGAACUCGUGAAAGGUGAGUGGUUUUUGGAAUUUAUAAGUCACAAAAUCAUCUUCUAGCUCUAGCAUAUUUGCAAGUGAGCAUAAAUUUCCUCCAGUAGAAAGUUGCUGUUGAAGAAUUUAGUGGCAAAAAAUGCAUGCAUAGAUUUAUUCUUUCAAGAAAGAAAGUGGCUGUGCAUAGAACCUAAUAAGCGCAUUUUAUCUACAUGUUUACACUGUACUUGGUAAACAAAGGGGGGUCAGAUCAGUGACGUCACACUUAUUAACCUCUUAUAUUAUAUGAAAAAAAAAAUACCACCAAAACCCAACCAUGUUCCUACUAUGUGGGUACGGUUAGUUUCUAAUAUUGUUGUAAAGAAACAGAAAAUAAAAUCAGUGAACUGUAACAGCAGGAUUCAUCACAAUUUAAUCAACAGUUUGAUUCCAGGUCAUUAGAAAAAAACUGAAACUAAAUGGCAGUGCCUUAAAUUGACUAUAAUUUUGUUAUAAUGUGAAAGACUAUAAAGCAGUCAAUAUCUUCUUAAAAAUGCACAAACCCGUGUUAUAAAGAACUUUUCUUCAUUUAAACAUCAUAAAUAAUCUGGAACAGUUUACCUUUCAGUAACGUAAACAAAACUAUGUUUUUUAAUCACUUUCACAAAACUGUAAUAAUUUUAAAGUUGUACCAUUCCCUGCAACAUGAAACUUAAACACCUUCAAAAAGCCCAAAUCAUUUGGCAAUGGGGUUGCAGAAUGUUUUGAAGAGGAAGCCAUGCCAGCACUUAUUGCAUCCUUUGAUUCCCAGAAUUCUGUUUCCAAGGGCUUUUGUUCUGGAAGGACACGUAACAGUGAAAAUGAGAGUAGCAAAAACAGUGUUUUGCUUGAAUAAAUCCAUUGUUGAUUUUUUUCGUUUUUUUUUGUGUGUGCUACUAGAAGUUUUGCCUAUAAAGACUAUGAGUGUGCAACAAUUUUUUGUUGCAUGCUUUUAGGAAAUUCUUCACCACAAGAAAACCAUGUCCAGCAUGAAAGCAGGGCACCUUUUUUCCCUCUUUUCCACAGUACAGUUGAAGGAAGAAACUGCAAGCAAUAAUUUUUUUUUCUGUUUUUCGUACCGCAUCAGGAUAGGUGGAAGUUGAAGUUAUCUUUCAGAUUCUCAAGAUUGUUAUGUAAUAAUGGAACAACCAGCUGCCCAUGUACCUCUCCCCUUUUUUCCCAUAAGUCAAAUGUUUGGACCCCUGUUGGACUUAUUACAUCAUAUUCCUCUCAGUGUGUAUUAAAACAUGCAAACAUUAAAUUUAAACUAAUGAUCCAACAUGCCGUAAAUGGAUGUUAAAUACUAGUGAAUGCCUUCCCACCAUUAUCACAAACUGCUUGAAGUGCAGCCAGGAAGGUGUCCUUGUCAGGGAAAUUUCUUGGCAAGGUUACAUUCUUUGUGCAAGUAGAGGAAAAAAUGGAACCAGCAUCCUCAAAUUCGAUCCUGAUCCUCCCUAAACCAAACUCUGGUAAGCAGGGUGCCCCAGUAGCAAAGGUGAGGAAAGCCUUUAGAAUAUCUGGUGUUGCACCAAUUAUGAACUCAGUCACGUGCUCCAUGAUGGUUUUUUCAGCAUCACUCAUCUCUGAUGGAAACAUCAAUAUUUCCUUGAUGUCAGAGCCCUUCAUUUCCUUUUCUCCUGCCACAAAUAGCUCUUUGAAAGGCCCAGGAUAUACUUGCAUUCUGGACCCGAAUCCCAGAGUCUGAAGCCCUUCCCUUAGUUGAUCUAAAAGUAUUUUGGGCUGUCCAAUGGCAUCAUGUACAAUAAGGCUUUGAAUGACUCUCAUUUUGUUAUCAUUCUGAAAGACAUUCACAGAACAACAAUAAAUACAGUAAGAAACUGGUCAACGACCUGUAAGUUGUAGUUGGAGGUAACAAUAUCCUUGAGAAGGAGAUUGCAACAUUAAUUUGCAUGUACAUACAGGUAGAUCCGUUCUAUUCAUGAAAACACAUGCACCUGUCCCAAGCUGGUCAAAUGAAGUCCACAAUAAGAGGUGUCAUAAGGGGCAUCACUUUCAAAAAAGACUGCUCUUUUAUUAUAACAAUGAUUCAGAUUUUAGGUAUGUGAAAAUUAUUUUUAAUUACUUGUCAUUUUAUCCAAUUUAUGUAAUUUGUAAGGAUCUGUAUUUUAGAUAUUUUUAAAUUUAUUUUGUUGUAUAGAAUACUUUAUUUUUAAUCUGUUUCUCACUGUUUAUUUAUUCACUGGAUGGUGAUUUAACCAGUGGAUAGGGUUAAUCACAUUUUGAGCAACUGUAGCCUGCGUAGCAGGCGCUUGGAAGUAGUGGGCACAAGAAAAAAUGGGCACGCACGGAGACACGCGAGGGGUGUCUCCCUCGCGCGCGCCCGUUCUCUCUUUCGCCCACUACUUCCAACGCAGGCUAAGCAACUGGGGCCUGAUCUAAAAAAACAUUAUUUUUGCUUCUCUUCUUUUAAACUGUUUGGUUUCAUGUUGCAGGGAAUGGUACAACUUUAAAAUUAUUACAGUUUUGUGAAAGUGAUUAAAAAACAUACAGUUUUGUUUACGUUACUGAAAGGUAAACUGUGCCAGAUUAUUUAUGAUGUUUAAACGAAGAACAGUUCCUUAUAACACGGGUUUGUGCAUUUUUAAGAAGAUAUUGACUGCUUUAUAGUCUUUCACAUUAUAACAAAAUUAUAGUCAAUUAAAGGCACUGCCAUUUAGUUUCAGUUUUUUUCGAAUGACCUGGAAUCAAACUGUUGAUUAAAUUGUGAUGAAUCCUGCUGUUACAGUUCACUGAUUUUAUUUUCUGUUUCUUUACAACAAUAUUAGAAACUAACAGUACCCACAUAGUAGGAACAUGGUUGGGUUUUGGUGGUAUUUUUUUUUCAUAUAAUAUAAGAGGUUAAUAAGUGUGACGUCACUGAUCUGACCCCCCCUUUGUUUACCAAGUACAGUGUAAACAUGUAGAUAAAAUGCGCUUAUUAGGUUCUACGCACAGCCACUUUCUUUCUUGAAAGAAUAAAUCUAUGCAUGCAUUUUUUGCCACUAAAUUCUUCAACAGCAACUUUCUACUGGAGGAAAUUUAUGCUCACUUGCAAAUAUGCUAGAGCUAGAAGAUGAUUUUGUGACUUAUAAAUUCCAAAAACCACUCACCUUUCGCGAGUUCGUGAGUGUUAAAAAACAUAAUUGGAAACCCUGUAAAACCAGUCAUUUAUUAGUGUCACCUCUUGCUGCUGUAGAACAACUGUAGAACAAACGCAUCCACGGUGGUCACUGAAGCAUGAACAUGGAAACUCCAACAUUUUCAGAGCGUACCCGGGAUGGUAGACCAAACUCUGACACAGCCUCAAGGAAACAUGCAAAAACGCUGCUUGCCUUGGUAUUUUUUGAACAUUUUAAAUAGACUGGUAUUCUAUAGUUCUAUAAACUGUUGCAAAUGUUUGCAAUUUCUCCUGUAACAAGACCGCGAAGACAGGCUAACGAGUCCGCCAUUUUGACACCGAGCCCCAGUUUUCCUCGGUUAAGUCACUAGAGAGUCGUUCCCAGACUGCUGAAUAUUUGUAGCACCAUUUACGAAAACAGCGGCAGCAUUUUUUAAGACAACAGAGGCACCAUAUACAAAGAUAAAGGCACCAGUUUAACAAAAUAAGAGGCACCAUUAACAAGUUUAGAGGCACCAUAUACAAAGAUAAAGGCACCAGUUUAACAAAAUAAGAGGCACCAUUAACAAGUUUCGAGGCAAUAUAUGUGAAAACGAAGGCACCAUAAACAAAAUUGGAGGCACCAUUUACAAAAAUAGAGGCACCAUUUAUGAAAACGAAGGCACCAUGAACAAAAUUGGAGGCACCAUUUACGAAAGUAACGAUAGCUGAAUUUUGGCGGAAAUGGCAUCCCAUAGGUCAGCGGUCUUUGGCAUGCGCAUGCCAGUCUAGGGGCUGGCUGCCAAUAGUGGAAGCCCCUGGAUACUUCAGGCACCCAACCUCCAUUUUAGCGAUGCAGUUGUUAAAGAAUAAAAGUGCGGGUCCUAGAUAGCAAACUGCUCCAUUUUGUUUAAUUAACUAAUAGUUUUAUCAUGUUAGAUGCAAAACUAUUGAAACCUCUAUCUUGCCUGUAAACAAAAACAGUUUUACGGGCCCGUUAAUUAUCGGGACAAUCGAGAAACGGGCCCCAUGGCUUACACAGCUUUUAGGAGGGCUUAUAAACGGGGGUCGCGGGGGGGUGGCUUAUAGGUAGAUGCGCCUAUAUAACGUGGGGGGGAGGGAGGGCUUAUAGUCAGCAGGUUACGGUAGUUUGUUCGUUUUACAACGAUCCUUGCUCCUAAAUAAUGGCGUUCAUUUACUUUACGUGCUAAGUUGAUAACAAUUUUCAUAAUUAUACAAAUCUCUUUUAAUUUGUUACACGACUGUCUUCAUUGUCGCGAUGUACUUAGCCUGCGUGGCAGUAGUUAGUUUUUCAAUUUUCUAACUCACAAUAAACAAAGUGCUGCUACAGUCUCUAUUUUUAAAUCCUGAUUGAAAACAUUUCUCCUUAUCUGAAUCACCACUUGCAAAUAAUACCUGUUUUUUGCUCCUUUUUUCACUCAUUACGGUUUCAAUUUGAGCUUCCUCACGGGAAAAAUACCUUUAAUUCUUUUAACUAUUUUUUUUGUAAUAUAUUGAAGAACUGUAUAUAUUUUUUGUCUGGCAAAAAAUUAAACUGAAACUGAAAAGGGAAAGGGGAAUUGCGGCGCGCGGGGAGAUUUUCCCGCGAGCGCGCCCCUCGUGCUCUCGAGCUUGAAUCCCCCCCUCCCCUUCCCCAAUUAAUGCCUGCCACGCAGGCCAUAAUGUACUCAUCAAAAAACGGUCUUCAUUUGCGUGAAUUUUUGCGUGCAUUUUUGUGUUAAGGCGUGUUCUUCACUGGGGUGACGCAUGUUUCCCUUUCAGCAAUGGAUUCAAAGUGAAUCACAGGAUAGUAACGCAACUGGAGAAAGUGACGUCGUCUCUAUCAACAAUAUGGCCUCUGCCCGAAGACACAGUAUAUAGGCAGUAUCUAACCCCAUAGGAAGAACAGGAAGUUCGGAAUUAACGGGUUGUUAUUGAAUGUCGAUUAUAGGGUUCUUUUUAUUUAUUGAAAUUCAACUUCACAGUGAGGCCUAGACAACACAGCCUCUAAACCUCGCUAUCAAAUGAAACAUUGAAAUAUCGGAUCCAUAUUUUCGGAUCAUUAGACGUUUCUGGGAAACUGUCCAUUUACCCCUUCCCUGAGCCAACAUGAACACUUACGUCUCACUUAGGGCAAAAUGUUGCCUUAGGGGAGGGGUAGGGAGGCAGUUUCCCAGAAACGUAUAAUGAUCCUUUCGAAAUAUCUAAAACACGCCUGUCACAUGUUGACUUUUUUACAUUUUAUUAAGCUUUCUAAUCGACUGACCGGUACUUACAGGUACUAUAAAGCGCUAAGCAAUUACACCAGCAAUACUUUAAAGCUAUUGAGAAGCAAACAUAAACUGCCAUGGUAAAGGGUUCUUCUCUCACUUUUGGUGCAAAUUAUACUUCUCUCACGUUGCAGGUUUUCCCGCCCUCAGUACCCUUUGUUUACUUUCCGCUCUUGUCACCAACCUCGUCCCCAGGGCUUUGAGUUCCUAGCUCGAAUUCUGAUUGGUUUAUGUCGUUUAUUGUCGCCGCCCGAUCAGAUAAAUAUUUAUAACUAGUUCCUGACGAGUGAGGUGGGAAAGGUGGAGAGCAAGCUUGCACUAGCGUCUUCAGGAAGUUUCAUUCCUUCCUCAGUACCCCCUGUGGUGUGACUCCCUGGUGUGUGAGCUGUCACUGUAUGACGAAUAAAAACCGCGCGAAACGAUUUUUAUGUACACAAUUCCCCAAGCCGAGCGAAAAGAACCGAUAUAGAGUUUGCUCGCUGGCUAUUGUGUAACAGGCCUUAGCAAACAGUCUAUAGCUUUAAUUAGAGAAGGUCUUUUACUUUUAGAAAAUGAUCCAAAUAGCGAAUGGUGAGAUAAGAUGCAGUACUUUGAAGAAGGCAAGUCAAAAAAGUGCUUCGCGUCUCGGUAUAGCCACCACUAUUCACCUCCCCUUCGGGGAUCAUAAGUUGUAUACUAUUCUACAUUUAAGUACUUGACAGAUUUAACGUUGCAGUAAUGAUGGGUAGUUUUUUAAUAACAAGGCCCUUUUAGGGGGCGGGGGAUACCUGGUCCCUAGUUUGAUUUUUAAAACACUUUGUUUCACUGACGCAUUUAGGAGGAAGCUAUGUGUUUGUCGGUAUUUUACCAUAGCACUUGUUGUAGCUAGCCAGUUUUAGUUCAUCUUAAUGAGUCGUUUGUCGUCGUUUCGAAUAGCCUGUUCCAGGCGUUCAAAUAGUAGAGCGCGGCGGUCAGAUGGUGGGGACCCGGAGCGAGUUAAAUUGUACACGGGAAAAACGGAAGGAAAAAACGAGGAAGAUUUGUUUUUUUUCUUCGUGAAUUUUUCUCCCGCGCUGUACUAUCUGAACGCCUGGAACAGGCUACGUUUCAACUGUCUAACUGAAUGCUGCUCUUUCAAUGCCACGUUGUUUGUGGUAAUUCUCUCUAUCAGGGCCUCUUUAAUCCUUUAAGCCCCAAGAUCCACAAACAAAUUCUCCAGACUGAUCUCCAUACAUUUCUUUUAAGAAUAGUUGAGGGAAUUCGGUUAAGAUCAAAGCGUUCUCCCUUUGGUAAUCAAUUUAGUAAUUCUCAUAACCUUUGCUCUUGAUGAUCUGCUGAUGUUGUUAGGAGAAAAUUGAUGUUGGUCACUCUUGGUACCGAAAGGGUUCCGGUAGUACCGUGUGGACUUGGGGACAUCAAUGCCACUGAAUUUCUAAUAGAGUAGCAAGAUUUCAUCUUGAAGUGUUAUCGUAAGAAAUAUAUUUUCCGACUUGUACAGAAUUUUCUUUUCCUCCCACUGCCGGUCUAGAGGGGAAUGCAAAAAUUUCGUUUUGUUAACUGCUUUAUCACGAAUCAGCUAACGGAAUCAAUACGAAUCAAUAUUGGCGAAAUAAUCCGGCAAAGUGGAGAACAGGACCCCUAAACUAGACUUCAGUCCACCUUAAGGUGCUAAAAACUAACUGAUAAGAACUGCUUUUUUCGGGAAUUGUGUAUGAUCUAUGGGAGGGGAAAUCCCAUGUGUGUAGCCCUUUUCAAACCCCGAAAGCUAUUUAGACUUGCUUUUGUUGUUGGUUUUUCCUUUUAUGCUUAUGCUUCUGGCUUAUUGCCAGUACGCACUAUGUCAAUUGCCCUCGUAACGCACGGCGUUAACGCGUAACCUUCUUAGCAAAGGUACCGGGUUCGAUACCUACUGCCCUUUUUUGAACCUCUUUUUUGACGAAUUUAUAAGAUUGCUUCUUUUUCUUUUUUGUGGUUACUGGAGUGCCAGGAAGUAUAUGUUCUUUCAUGAUGUUGCUAAUGAUGUUUUUAUUGUGUACAUAUUUGAAUUUUUCAAUGAUACCUGCUUGUGUUAAGGCAAAAAUUAACUGUUAUGAACAAUAUAGGCGUUUGAGAAAGUCCCGAUCUAUUGCUGUACGAAAAGUAGAUUUUUUAACUGUACAAAUUACGUUCGAUUUUAUUCCGCAAGGCGUUACCUUACAUACAUUUUCUUUAUUUUAUUCGAAGAGAUAGACAGUUUUAGGUAUAUUUGAAUUCACUUUAUAGAGAGAAAUUACCAAAAAAUGAGCAAAUCUCGUUGCAAUGAGAAAUUUUAAACUACAAC